AGUAACAAGUUGCGGAGAGCGGCAGGCCGCUGGCAGCUGGGAGAGUUUGCGCUGCGGAGCGGCUGUGCCUUGGAAGCGCUGUCCCGCGCUUCUGCGUUCUGGGGAUUUUGUGGCUGGCUGGAAAUUUACCUUUCAUUUGAUUCUUUUUUUCUUCUGCACGCUUCAGAACGACAAAGUCCUGGAUGGUUAUGCUAACCAAAGCUCUCAGCAACCGGAUUGAAAUAAAAUAAUGAUAAUAAUGCACUGAAGUGUUUCUUUCCUUACCUUGUGGAUUUAACCCCAACAUUUCCUUUUCGUUUACCUGGCGUGGUUGGAUACAGCUUUUGGCUUGUCAUAUGCAUGCAUUUAAAGCUUAGGCUUCCAAGGGUGACUGGAAUCUCUAAUUGGAUGUAAAAAUAUCGACAGGUAUUGCGUUCUGUUUUUGUGUGGGGGGAAACCUUCACUAUGACUUCAGUGGCUGGAAAUAAGGAGAGGAAUGCGGGGACCACGAGAAGCCGCAAGUACGGGAUGACAGAGGCAUGCUCUCCUACCAAAUCCGCCUCCUCCUUCUCCCCUGAGACCUGGUACAGGAAAGCCUACGAGGAGUCCCGAUCCAGCAGCCGUCCUGCCCCAGAAGGAGCUGGAUCGGUUCCCGGCUCAUCUGGAACUCCGUCCCCGGGUUCCGGCACCUCAUCCCCCGGUUCAUUUACUGGUUCUCCCGGUCCCACCUCCCCUGGAAUCAGCACAGGCUCUCCUGGGUCUCUAGGUGGCUCUCCGGGCUUUGGCACAGGAUCACCGGGCUCUGGCAGCGGCAGCUCCCCUGGAUCGGACCGUGGGGUCUGGUGCGAGAACUGCAACGCGAGGCUGGUGGAGUUAAAAAGACAGGCACUCAAAUUGCUCAUCCCCGGGCCCCUUUCUAGCAAGGAUCCUUUAUUCCCAUCCCUGAUUCAUGACAAGCUUCAAGUGCCAAACACAACCCGCAAAGCCUGGAAUGACAAAGACAACCGAUGUGACAUCUGUGCCACACACUUGAACCAGCUUAAGCAGGAGGCCAUCCAGAUGGUUCUGACACUUGAUCAGACGACAUCCCUUGAGCAGUAUGACAUGUCUCCAGGAUCACCUCCUCUUUCUAACAUUCCAUCAUUGGGUGGCUCUCGUCAUGUGGGUGCCCUUCAGGCUCCUCGGGACUGGCCCUUUGUUCCUGCUGCUUAUACCCCAAAUCCAGGCUACACAGGUUUGCUGCCUGGCAAGCAUUCCAGCAAGCCCAACAGUCUUGGUAUUACUAACGGAUUGGAGAAGAAGACUGGCUCUCCUGGACAUUCUGGAAAAUCAGUCAGUCAGAUGCCAACCAGCCCCAGUAACGGCAACAACAUUAUGAGCUCUGUUGCAAUACAGGCCCACCAGUACCUAGAUGGGACUUGGUCCAUUUCAAGAGGCAAUGGAGUGACUCUAUACCCAUAUCAAAUUUCUCAGCUUAUGACCGAGAGUUGCAGAGAGGGUUUGACUGAAGCUGUUCUGAAUCGCUACAAUGCAGACAGGCCAUCCUUAUACAGCUUUGCAGGAUCCCAGAAUACCUACGUGUCCAGUGUUCCAUCUAGCGGGACCUCAGCUGCAGCCUCCUUCUUUGCCAGAGCUGCUCAAAAAUUGAACCUUUCCUCCAAAAAGAAGAAACAACGUCCCACUCCGUCCUAUGUGUGUGACCCACCUCUGUUUCCCACCAAUUUCAGUGGUAUUCUGCAGACAUCUCCACCACCUGCUCCACCAUGCUUGCUCCGAGCUGUCAACAAAGUCAAGGACAAUCCAGGCCUGGGAAAAGUGAAAGUGAUGCUCCGAAUAUGCCCAGUCUCAGCCGGAGAUACCUCAGAAUCCAGCUCAUUCUUGAAGGUGGAUCCUCGUAAGAAACAGAUCACCAUUUUUGAUCCAGUGAGCAACUGUCCUCCAAACUCUACGCAGAAGCGAGGAAGCCAAGUUCCACCAAAAAUGUUUGCUUUUGAUGCUGUCUUCCCUCAUGAUGCCUCACAGGCUGAAGUGUGUGCUGGCACUGUGGCGGAAGUCAUCCAGUCAGUUGUGAACGGAGCGGAUGGCUGUGUGUUCUGCUUUGGUCACUCUAAGCUGGGAAAAUCAUACACCAUGAUUGGAAAAGAUGAUUCCAUGCAAAACCUUGGAAUAAUUCCUUGUGCAAUAUCUUGGCUCUUCAAGCUGAUUAAUGAAAGGAAAGAGAAGACUGGGGCUCGCUUUUCAGUCCGCGUAUCUGCUGUGGAGGUUUGGGGCAAAGAUGAAAACCUUAAAGACCUCUUAUCAGAAGUGGCCACAGGCAGUCUUCAGGAUGGUCAGUCUCCAGGAGUCUACCUUUGUGAGGACCCCAUAUGCGGCAUGCAGCUGCAGAAUCAAAGUGAGCUCAGAGCUCCAACAGCAGAGAAGGCCGCCUUCUUUUUAGAUGCUGCUAUCGCUUCCCGCCACAGCAGCAAGCCUGAAUGUGAUGAAGAAGACCACCGCAACUCACACAUGCUUUUCACCUUGCACAUUUACCAGUAUCGCAUGGAAAAGAGUGGAAAAGGAGGCAUGUCCGGAGGCCGAAGCCGUUUGCACCUUAUUGAUCUCGGCAGCUGCGUGAAAGUGCCUGGUAAAACUCGGGAUGUGAGCACCGGACUCUGCCUCUCACUCUCAGCCUUGGGGAAUGUCAUUCUUGCUCUCGUCAAUGGCAGCAAACACAUACCAUAUAAGGACAGUAAGCUGACUAUGUUACUGCGGGAAUCCCUUGGUAAUAUGAACUGCCGUACCACCAUGAUAGCUCAUAUCUCUGCCACUGCCAGUACUUUUACUGAAACGCUUUCUACAAUCCAGAUAGCCUCCCGUGUGCUGCGGAUGAAAAAGAAGAAAACAAAGUAUACUUCUAGUUCUUCUGGAGGUGAGAGUUCCUGUGAAGAGGGGAGGAUGCGUCGGCCUACCCAACUGAGGCCGUUUCACUCUAAAAAUGUGGUUGACCCAGAUCUGCCUUUGCUACACUUAUCCAGUGAUCCUGACUACUCAUCAAGUAGUGAGCAGUCUUGUGACACUGUCAUCUAUGUUGGACCUAAUGGUUCUGCCCUGUCUGACAAAGAGUUGACUGAUAAUGAAGGACCUCCAGAUUUUGUACCAAUAAUUCCCUCCCUGCAGAAAAACAAGGUGGACCCAGUGAAGCAACAAGAUCUUCAAGAAGACAUUGGUGAAAUGUUGACAGGCAAGCAUGAAAAAGACUGCUUAAAGUGCAACACUUUUGCUGAACUGCAGGAGAGAUUAGAGUGCAUUGAUGGCAGUGAGGAGAUCAUUAAGUUUCCCUUUGAAGAGGUUCCUGCCCAAAAUGCAUCAAGCCAGUUGAUCAAAUAUGAUACAGUGCCAGCUCAGUUAGCAGAUAACAAAAUGGCUUCUGAGUCACACACAAACGAAAAGGUUGCCAAAAGUCACCAACCACAACACGAUUUGGAUGCUGUAGAAAAUAUGGGUGUGACUUCUUGUAAUUCUACAUUUUCUUUAAACAGUGUGACAGCAAGCUGUAGCAUGCAUUCUACCUCUUUGCAGAGGAUUCAAGGUUCAUCCCUGCACUGCAGCAAGGAAUCAGUGACCACCAGUAACUCCACUGACAAUAAACCUAGGCCAAUGGGAUCUCCCAGACUGGGCAUUGCCAGCCUAACCAAGACCUCUGAAUAUAAGCCUCCCUCCUCUCCCUCCCAGAGAUGUAAAGUAUACACUCAGAAGGGAGUUUUGCCAUCCCAAGCUCCACCAUCACCACAGAAUUUGAGCAAAGAAAAUGGGAGGUCUUCCACUGAAUCUCUCCUGCAACCUGAAGUUAGAACCUCUCCAGUUGGAAUGAGCCCUCAAGUUAUGAAGAAGUCAGCUUCAGUAUCCUGUGAAAGCUGUACCGAAUUUACAUUUAAUGAAGAGCGGUAUCUGGAGCCAGACUCAAAGAAAGAAGUCCAAAGCACUACAACAGUAACAGUGCAGCAGCCAUUAGAGCUGAAUGGGGAGGAUGAGCUUGUCUUCACACUGGUAGAGGAACUCACAAUCAGUGGUGUCAUGGAAAAUGGCCGCCCUACUAGUAUCAUAAGCUUCAACAGUGACUGCUCAGUCCAAGCCUUGGCAUCCGGGUCACGUCCAGUCAGUAUUAUUAGCAGUAUCAGUGAAGACUUGGAAUGCUUCACUAGCGAUUGCAUUGGUACGGCUACUGCAACUUCCGAAGUCAGCAUCACAAAAUUCUUGCCAGUGCCCAAAGGGGAAGUGGAGGCAGUUGUAUCAACCAGCCGGCGUUCUUCCAUUAGUUCUUGGCUCAGUGAGAUGAGUACCGGCAGUGAUGGAGAGCAAUCCUGCCAUAGCUUUGUGGCACAGCCAUGCUAUGCCCAGGGUGAAGCAUUAGCAGAACCUCAUCAUAAUGACUUUGUUAAGGGUCAGCAUGAUGAAUGUCAUUAUCUAAAUGGUGGAGACAUCUCAGUGGCAGAAAACGUAUUUGCUGAUACAGAAAUUUCAACAGAAAAGCACAAUUUAAAGAGAGCCAGCCCACACAGAAAUUAUAAAACAUCUGCACAGGGCAAAUCAACAGCUGCAGCUACAGUUCCUAACGUGUCAAGCCUGGAUGGUUCAGAGAGCUUUGCUGCUUUAAAGGCCAGUGUUGGUGUUCAUCCUUGCAGUGGUAUAAAUGCUGGACAUUUACAAGUGGCAGCUGAAGAGAGCACAGCUCUUAAUGCUUCUCAGAGUCAAGAUCCCAAAACAUUUCCUUCAGUUGCCUCCAGUGAGAUUAAGUUUCAUGAUCCUUGGCUGAAACGAGAAGAAAGCAAGGACACCAAUGGCAAAGAAGUUACUAUACCAGAUAAAAGAGCCUCUGAUCCUUUGAGGAACUGGAAUUUGACUGAAAGAUUUCAGUCAAACAGUGAAGCAUCGGGUUCUCCAGUAUUUUCAGAUAACAUGAAGAGAGUAGUUGAUGGCUGUGAAAUGUUUUUGUCAAAGUCUGGAAGUCAGAGCCCCGUGUAUUCCUCUGAUAUUCUAAGAACUGGAAGUCUUCCUAGAGGUUGGCAUCGUAUGAACAAACAAGAAGAUUCUGAGGAGAAUUUAUUGAGGUUUUUGGGCAUGGAAAGCAAUGGUAUAGUGGCUGCCACAUCAACACCCUGCAGCCCAAGAGCGACUCUAGAAAGAAGAUCGGCUUUAGCCAAGCAAUGCAUUCUCAGGCCUAAAGGAACACCACCUCUUCCACCUGUAAGGAAAUCAAGCUUGGAUCAGCGAAACAGAGCAAGCCCACAACAUAACACGGGUAGUAGCAGCAGCAGUCAAACUGAGGAAAUGGGUAGCAAUGGAAAACUUGGAAAGGGUCCAAAUGUGGAAAGUAGUAGCAAACUUUUCAGUGCUAAACUCGAACAGUUAGCUAACCGUACCAACUCCCUAGGAAGGUCACAUACUGGUCAUUAUGACUGCCUGUCACUCGAAAGGGCUGAGAGCCUCAAUUCAGUUGGUUCAAAAACUAGUCUUGGAAGAGACAGUACCAUGCCCAGAACUGGUCGCAGUGUGAAUCGAUCUUCUAUCUCUUCGCCCACUGGUGCUAGUGGCACCAGCACUGCUCCUCAGUUUCCAAAGGUUAGUCAAUCUAAGAUUUCUGCGGUCAGCAAGCUUCUCCUCGCCAGCCCUAAAGCUCGAAGCCUUUCAGCUUCUAGUACUAAAACACUUAGCUUCUCGACGAAGUCCCUCCCACAGUCUGUAAAUAGGAGUUCCAGCUUGCCACCAAAUGGAAAAAACCAAAUGUCUUGGUCCACACAGUCUUUGAGUAGAAACCGUGCCUCGGGACUGGCUUCUAAGUUACCUUUGAGAGCUGUCAAUGGUCGUAUCUCAGAACUGCUUCAAGGUAGCAUAGGCAUUCGUGGCAACCACCUUAGAGGAGCUUCAGAUUCAGAGGAGAAAGGAGGCCCUCCAGGAGAUGAAAAGCCAGUAGUUCAUACACUUCCAUCCCCCUACAGCAAGAUUACAGCACCACGGAAGCCUCACCGUUGUAGCAGUGGACACGGCAGUGAUAACAGCAGUGUUUUGAGUGGAGAACUCCCACCUGCAAUGGGGAAGACUGCAUUAUUUUACCACAGUGGAGGAAGCAGUGGCUAUGAGAGCAUGAUAAGAGACAGUGAAGCAACAGGAAGUGCCUCAUCUGCCCAAGAUUCAAUGAGUGAGAACAGCAGUUCUGUUAGUGGACGAAGAAGCCUCAAGAAUGCCAAGAAAAGAAACAACACUGGGUCUCAGCGGCGUCGCUUGAUUCCAGCCCUUUCUCUGGAUGCAACUUCGCCAGUCCGGAAACCCGCUAAUAGUCCGAGUGUGCGCUGGGUGGAUGGUCCUCUGCGACCAGCACAACGAGGACUGACAGAGCCCUUUGAAAUCAAAGUGUAUGAGAUUGAUGAUGUGGAGCGUCUUCAGAGGAGGAGAAGGGGCAUAGGAAAUCGGGAGUUUAUAUAUUUUAAUGCCAAGCUAAAAAUCUUAGAGCACCGGCAGCAGCGUAUCUCAGAGGUCCGAGCCAAAUAUGAAUGGCUGAUGAAAGAGCUGGAGGUGACAAAGCAACAUCUGAUGCUGGAGCCGAACAAGUGGAUAAGUGAAUUCGAUUUGCAACAAACCUUUGAGGUCGACUCUCUCGAAUAUCUGGAGGCCCUGGAGUGUGUGACUGACAGGCUGGAGAACCGUGUCAACUUUUGCAAGGCUCACCUUAUGAUGAUUACCUGCUUUGACAUCACUUCUCGGCGGCGAUAAGAACUCAAACGUGGAUUCCCCUCUGAGACACGCGAGAUGGAGACGGUCCUUUGUAAUGUCUAUAAACAGGUCAGCGAAGCGGAGUUACUGGAUGACAGAAUGGACAGGUUGAAUGCUAAAGAAGCACGAUCCAGAAGGGCACUGUUGUUGUUAAGUCUGUUAAAGGAAGGGAUUUCUCUUUGUGCGUGUACGGGAUUUCACAAUUUGUAAUCUCCUGCAAGAUGGAAAGAGCACUUUUGAGUCUAGGAUUGUACAUAUGGAUGGAUGACAGACUGCCAGCAAAGAGCCGCCAAAUCAAGAAUAAAGGACUACAAGUGCCUUGCUAAGAUUUCAAUAUCCAAACAUUUCCGUAUUUGUGUACAGAUGGUGCUAGCUUAAAAGAGGAAAAUAAAAAUGCAGCUUAUUUAAAUUGAUGUUUUCCAACUUGCUGUUUAACAGUAGUUUGUAUUUGUAUUGUUAUAAACUAGUCAGGAAGCAGCAUAUUAUUGACUGUUUCAUUUUGGUUUGUUGUUUUUUUUUUUAUUUUAUUUUUUUACCUGUUUUAAAACUGUAAGGCCACAGAACGAUGCCUAGGGUCUCUUUACCAGCACGGUCAUCUACUGUCCAAGCAACCACCACCUUGACGUUUAUGCAGGCACACAAAUCCAUUGUGUGGUCGCCGGCAAAGCAAACAGUGUGUGGGCGACCCAACGGCAGAAUCCAAUGGUGUCAGCCCACCUUCAUAUCAGUCAGGAGCAGUUUACAAAAAAAAAAAAACACUUGCGUAAAAUAUAUCAGAGAAUGUAUGGCAAGCCUAAGAUUGUAAGAUGGGAAGCAGUGCAUGUCUGCCUUAAAGACACUGAAGGCUUUAUUCAUUGACUUCUUCUGCUAAAUAAAACAUUCCUUAUGAAAGGGGGUAAGAGAAACAUAGAGUGCCACUUAGAUCUAUUCUAAAGUAACACAAUUAUUUUAAUUAUUCUUAGAGUGGAUCAUUAGUAGUGUACUGCACCAAUCGCUAGUCUGUGGUUCGGUCUUUUGCACCGGUGUGGAAUGUGAAGGAGUUUUUAGUCGAAUCGUUCAUGUCUUACGGGACGGUGGGCCGGUGGUGCCCUCAAACACUUUGCUGUUAUUUCAGAAGUUACUUCCACUCACAGUGUGCCAUCGAGGCAGCAUGGCUUGACAGUAUUUAGUAACGAUGGCCGCGUCGAGAGAGAGACAGAGAGAGAGAGGGAUUUGGUUUGCUGUUUUCCUGAUGAAGUCCUUGCCUGCUCGACGGUGUCCACCACAUAAUGCCUGUGUAAGAUGAUUCAGUUAUUCUUUACUAUUUUGUUUCUUUUAAUGUUUUUUCCUCAGAGAAAUCCCCUAACCAAAAUUUUUUUCCAGAUCUAGUUAAUAGAAAAAUGUAAUUUUUCUGUACCUAUCAGCACAGUUCUAAGACAAUGCAUCGAUUUUUUCUGUGGUCAUAUUUCAGUGGUGCACAAUUUUAUUAAUAUUUGUUACUAUCUAUGGUGCUUGAGGCAUUUUUGGCUCUAAAUGUUUAUAUUCUAGCUUGUUUUCUAUGCGGAAUUUUCCCCUUUUCUCCUUUCACCCCCUUCACCCUUUACUCAUUUAUCUGGUGCGCCCAGACAGCCAACGCUGUUUUUGCUAACAUACCCUUCCUCCUCCUCCUCCUCCUCUUAUUGUAUGAAGGAUAUAAUUUAUUUGUAAACUCAGGAUGCUUAUGUUUGACCAAGUUGCUUGUAUUUUUUAAUUUAUUUACACUUCAUGGUUUGCUAAGUGCUAUGCAUUAAAAUCUGUACAGUUGCCAAUUCCAUUUCAUAAAUAUAUAAAUAUAUAUAAAUAAAUAUAUUUUCUUUUCUUUAAAUGCACCUGCCACUGAAUUAUAUUGGAAAGUUGGAUGCAUCAAGACUGACAGGGGCAAUCCCGAGCUGAAAGGGUCUUUUAAUCCUGCUUGAUGGGAUAUGACAGACCACACUAAAGGAAUCUUAAUGUAGCAGCACGGGUGUCAAUCAGCUAGGCACACUGACGGCAAAUUUCCAGUUUGGUCAAGUUAGUGGCACGUUAAUGGUGCUUGAUGCUGGUUCAAAAGUUCAUAUAUUAAGUUUCUGUCAAGACAAAAGUUGAAUGUAGGCUUUCUGCCAAAUUCUCGGCGCUUCUGCUCCAAGCUGAUAGGUCGAACCUGGGAGACGACGUAGCCACAUUGAUUCCAGCCUGUGUGCCAGACAGCUGCACAUGCUACAUAUCUGCCACUUCUGUCCUAAAAAUCAGGGUUCAACAUGAAAUUGUUAUGAGGAGUUAGAAUCCAUCACCUUACAGAUAAAAAUGAAAUUGAACUCCCUGACUUGGCUGCCAUUUCCACUCCACGAGUUUAAGCAGAAAUGUUUCUGUGAGCGACUGCUAAUUGCUCUCAACCAUUUUGCUCAUCUUUAACUUCAGAUCAAAUAAAUACUCUUAGUCGGCAGAAAUACGGAAAUAAUGAUUGUACCUAAAGCCUGCUUGUCCAGAUAGGAUACCUUGUCAGCUCCUAAUGAGUAAUGGCUUACCAAUAUGAUUCACUGAUGUUUGCCAGACACCUGAUAUUUGUACAGAAAUGUGUAUGAUAGUCAAUUUAUGUAGCCUGUUCUUGUGAAUAAACAUUAUAUUUUACAUCCAU